GUAGCGCACGUCGCUCCCGUCCACCCACUCGCCCGCAUUUAACCCGGCCCGCCGCCGCCCGCCGCUCCUCAGCCCGCGCGGCGCGGACGCGGCAUGAGCAGCCCGGCCUGAGAGGCGCUGCCCGCCCCGCGCUCCGCUGCUCGGCGCUCCGCACCCCACCGCCAUGGAGCGGAUCCCCAGCGCGCAGCCCCCGCCCGUCUGCCUGGGCAAGCUGCCCGCCCUGGAGAGCGCCGACGUGCCGGGGCUGGACUUCGCGCACGUGUACCAAGUGUACAAGCCCAGGAGGGGGUUAAAGAGGAGCGAGGACAAUAAGGAGACCUACAAGUUGCCUCACAGGCUGAUAGAGAAGAAGAGGCGUGACAGGAUUAACGAGUGCAUCGCCCAGCUGAAGGACCUGCUGCCCGAGCACCUCAAGCUGACGACUCUAGGUCACUUGGAGAAGGCUGUGGUUCUCGAGCUCACCUUGAAGCAUGUGAAAGCACUAACUAAUCUAAUUGAGCAGCAGCAACAGAAAAUAAUGGCUUUGCAGAAUGGUUUACAAGCAGGUGACCUGUCAUCAAGAAACCUUGAUUCCAGCCAGGAAAUGUUUCGAUCCGGUUUCCAGAUGUGUGCCAAGGAAAUGCUGCAAUACCUGGCAAAGCACGAGAACGGGAAGGACCUGAAGUCGUCCCAGCUGGUCAGCCAUCUGCACCGAAUGGCCUCCGAGGUGCUCCAGGGCGGAGCCGGCCGCAAGGCCGUAGACAUCCCUCCUAAAAUGGUGGACUUGAAAGAAAAACCUGUCUCCUUGACCAAAGCGGCAGAGGGACAUGGAAAAAACUGCGUGCCUGUGAUCCAGAGGACAUUUGCUCACUCCAGCGGGGAGCAGAGCGGCAGCGACACAGACACGGACAGUGGGUACGGGGGAGAGCUGGAGAAAAGUGACUCAAAAUCUGAACCGCAGUAUUUCAAAAAGGAUACUGAACUCAAGUACACUGUCCAGGAGAGAAUAAGCUCUAUUAAGCAAGAGACUGAGGACCCGCCAGCCAAAAGGAGCAGGCUAGAGUCACCAGAGGACGAGGGCCCUUUUGGCAGCGACAUGAUGGGCUCUUCCAGCAGCUUCCUGGGCCCGCACGCUCACCAGCCUCCCUUGUGCCUGCCUUUCUAUUUGAUCCCACCAUCCGCAACAGCCUAUCUGCCCAUGCUGGAGAAGUGCUGGUACCCGGCAUCCGUACCUGUCUUGUACCCCAGCCUCCCGGCCUCUGCCGCAGCACUUACGGGGUUCAUGAACCCUGAUAAAAUCUCCCCGCCUCUGCUGAUGCCCCAGAGACUCCCAUCUCCCAUACCAGCCCAUUCCCCUAUCGACUCCUCGGCUCUGCUUCAAGCUUUGAAGCAGAUUCCUCCUUUGAACUUGGAAACCAAAGACUAAGCGCAGUGUGACUUUUUCUUUUCAGUUUAAGACUGUUUCACUUCUAUAUAUUGGCUGGACUGAGGUGUGGGGAUGAGGUUCACUGCACAUAGGAAGCUAAAUCCCCUUUUCUCUGACUUGUCAGGUGACUUGGAGAAGGAUGAAGGAUGUGCCCAGGUUAGUGAUUCAGAACUACUUCCAAAAGAAAAAAAGAGAAGGGUUUUGUGCUUUGGCCCUCGCCUUCUUCCCUCUCCGCAUCUACAGAACAACAGUUGACUCCGUCAGCUGUAACUAUAUUGCAAAGCUGUGAAAAAAUAUUCCAUUUGGCAGACUUGGGUUUAGGGUCUGUGAGUAUAAAAAUAUGGUACUUCUCAUAAGGGCUUUUAAGGCAACAGCCCUGUGGCUGGUAGGUUGAGCUGAACCUAUUUGGAUGGGACAUGACGGUGUCCCAGUGACCAGUGCGGAUGCCCCAAGCGUAGUGGUGGUGUUGGUGGCAAAGCCACUGAAAGCAGAGGAGGAGCAGAGCAGUGGUCACUGCUUGGUCAUGCAGUCAGGUAGACCUAAGACGGGUUUUUCUCCACACCUUUGCUGAUAUAUAUAGAUAUAUAUAUAUUAUUUUUUUUAAAGAAAUAAAAUGUAGAUGCUGCUUGGAAGCUUUACAUGGCGUACAUCUAAUAAAUAAAUUAACACGCUCCCCUUCCUGUAACUUGAGCUGCUAGUUUGGGCUGGGGAGGAGAGAAAAUAUCCCAAGGAUCACUUUGCUUGUUGCACCUGACUCCAGGCCCCUCUCACUGCUGCUGUACAGUUUUGCCAGGUCUAGUCUAUUAGAAAUCAAAAUGGUUUUACGAAUUCUGUCAGUGGGGGCCUAGCCGGUGAACAGCUGCUUCCCAACAUGGGGUGAGUCGAGAGCUUUGUGCAAGAGGGAGCAAUUCAGCCCAAGUUGACAGCACGGGGCCUGCUGAAUAUGCCCCCAUCAGUGCCUUUGGAAAGUUAAAAGGCUGGGAUUUUCAAAGGAGUCUAAUCCCAGUGGGGUUUGAGCAUCUAAAUUCCUUAGUCUCCUUGGCAAACCCUGGCCCACAUUACUAUAUUAAAGAAAGAGAGUUAGGGCGUUGACACUCAUCCCAUUGAACUGCGAGGGUCUUUCUCCACAGAGCGACAUUGUGUCCAAUUUGGCUUUUUUUUUUUUAAUUAAAAACCAAAACUUCACUGUGAAAUGCAGUGCUGUUGUUUUUAUUUUCUUUUUUCUUACUGGUUUUGCGAACUUGUGUCCAGAAACCCUGUUGUAUGGAUUUUCAUUUCGUGCUCCCAUUGCACCAGCUGUUGAGAUGCACUAUGCUUGAUUGCAGAUCGUGUUCUAAUGUUUAUUUUGUUUGGUUUUUUUUUUGGUAUACAGUUGUUGCCUUUAUUUGUAAAAUCCUGUUAUAAAUAUAUAUAUUAUAUAAAUAUAUUAAAAGGUAAAGCGUUUCAGAUGUCUAUUAUUUGUAUAACUACUUGAGCAUAAAGAAGUGAGAAAUAUGAAUGUAUUCUUGUUUCUGGGUUGUCUUGUUUUUUUUGAAGAGAAUAAUUUUUUGUUUUUCUCUAGGGAGAGGUACAGUGUUUAUAUUUUGGAGCCUUCUUCAAGGUGGGAUAUUGUACAUAUUUUUAUCUUGAGUAAAUGUUAAGUAGUUGUUUAAAAAUACUUAAUAAAAUAAUUCUUUUCCUGUGGAAGAUAA